AUGGCAGAUAUUGAGUUGGGUGUUCCACCCUCUACGCCAACAACAGCCGCUAGUAAAGAUCAAGUCGAGGACUACCGUAAAGGAUACCCCCGAUUUGCAGCAUUAAUGGCCGCACACAGUGCCUUCAACAUCUUUCGGCGCUUCUCCAAUAUCCGUACACGCCUUCUGCUAUUGGCCCAGGAUAGAAUUGUCAACCUUGAAGAGCAAUUGAUGAGAAUUGACCAAGCAGAGAAGUCACCUUUGUUCCUAGCCUCUAGUCGGGAGGACAGGAAUAGCGAGCGAGAUCUAGUAAUUUCGCAACUCUACACCUGCCUCGAGGAAUACGAUAAGCUGAUGGAACGAAGUCAGCGGGUAUUCGCUUACGAAAGCCCGGAUACUAAAUAUGUAUCGAGUCUCCAACGCUGGAUCAGGGGCAACUCCUGCAUUGCCAGAAACGAGGCCAAGUUUCUGGAAAGCGGAGAAGACCUGUUGACCCUGGCUUCGAUGGAAGAUGGGGCAGUGAGUUGGUUCGAACGGUUUGUCUGCGAUGCGCUCGUCAAAAUCUUCAAAGGUUCAUCUGGUCAGAAGUCAAGAGACCCUCACGUUCACAUAUUCUCCCGACCAACAACAAUCAAGAUGGCACGCGCGCUCUUAAGCCCUCUCAUGGCGGUUCUUUUGUUGGCUCCAGUAAUCAUCUGUACUUCUCUACAUAACCUGACCGCUAGACUAGCCAUAAUGGUUGCUGCCACGUGUAUCUUUAUCUGCUGCAUAUCUCUGCUGACAAAGGCCAAGACAGUCGAACUGGCUGUAGCUGGCGCGACGUAG